GUUAUAUUAUCGUUCCUUUUUAUGCGUAAUUUGGGUCGCUUACAUCACAUACAAUUGCCUAUCUGUCAAAACGGGUGGUCAAAACCUUUAGAAUGGGCAUUUGCUAUUCGUGCUUCGAAGGAGGACCCGAAUCUUCAAGCGAUGAUGAUGAGACACGUGAAUUAAGACGUCAGCAGAUGGCAGAUGCAGCCUUGAAAAGACAAGGUAAUGCAGCCAACCGAGGAAUCAAGGACCCUGCAUCAGUCAAGCGGAAACAAGAAGCUCAACAAAGACUUGAGGAAGAGGAGAAUAAAAGAGCCAGAAUGGGAGGAGGAGGAAAUGGAAAUCUUAAAUGGAACAUGGACUGAGAAGAGCAGGAAGAGAAGAUUUAUAUGUGACCUCUACUGAUAUUCCUGUCCCACCUUGCAUUAUGAAAUAUAUACUCUUUAUUUAUUAUGGAAACAUUCUAUCAUUAAAAUAAUAUAUUUUCUGAUUCAUCGUCUUUAUCUAGCAUUAAUGAGUGUUGCCUGCAUUCUUAUGGGGGUAAUUGUGCUGCAUUCAUAUUUCAAAUAAUUAACAUCUCAGCAAACUUUGUGAAAGUGCCUACAUGUAUGUACCUUGUGUUCGUUCAUUUAUAUACAAUCGUAUUCUCACUCAAUGCUGUAUGUAUUCAUUUCUCAGUGUAUGUGCAUAUCAUACUGUUCAUUUUUUUAUUGUUAAAUGUCACAUUUCUUUAGGAACCCUUAGAUUUACUUCUCAUUAGCUCUAAAAGUUACAAUUUUUGACCUAGUUCUUUUUGACGUCUGUAUACCUUUAAAUAUUACAUGAACCUUUUUUUCAUUAUUAUUGUAAACUUUAAUGAAGUAGACACAAAACUACUUAUUAUAAAUAUUAGGUAAAUAAAAAUUUGUUUCAUGAUUAACAUAUCAAGUACUAAACAACUUAAUGUAGUUGGUAAUUUACAACAUGUAUUCAUCUGAAAAAAAUCAAAAUCUGUACAAGAACACGCUGAUGAAUCAAUAUCAAGCAAUUGUGUUGUAACUUGAUCUAAAAUACAUGCAUCUUUUAUAUUGAUGUAAAAUCAUUACCAAGAUACGAAAGCCUAUUGGUGUCAUUUGGAAAGCGUUAUUUAUCUCUAUAGGCCAUAAUUAUUGCGUUUUAACGAGAUAAAAAAAAAAUGCUAUUCAAAAUGACACUAAUAGGCUUUCGUACAAAGAGCACACAAUUUCAUAGAUAUAAAUUAUUUCUUCUUGUCCAAUUUUACAAAUAAUUGUUAUACUUUCUAUGGAGGAUGGAAUAAAAAGCAAAUAUUCAGGGAAGAUAUAUCUCAAUUGUUUUUAAUUUUCUUUACAAUAUUUUCUUUACUCUCACAAUAUAGAUACUUCUAUUACUUGCAUAAUUUUGCAUCCUUUGUUUAUUUACAUCCAAAUGGAUUAUUGUGAAAGCAAAAGCAUAUUCUUUUACUUGCACAGAAAUAAGAGCUACAUGUACUAGAACAAAAGAAAUUGACAAUGACAUCCAUUUUCAGAUUUUUGAUUUAAUGCUUAAGUGAAUCACUACCAAACCGUUCUUGUUUUUAUUGCUGACAUUGUAAAUUAAAAUAUUACCCUCUUACAUAUGUACAAGAAUUAAGGCAUGGUUAUAUUGUCAAUACAAAAGGUUUGUUGUUCAGAAACAUUUAUGAUUAAUUAAGAUAACCUUUAUAUCAGAAUAUGGUAAAGUGAUAUUAGCUUUGCAUACAUGUAUGUACUAUGAUAAAAAAAUGAACUCAUAUAGACAUAUACAUAUAUAAGUGUCAAUCAUCUCAGUCUUCCCUGGAUCCUGGAAGGCAAACAAAUUAAUUAUAGAUUAGAUCAUUAAGUGUCUGUAUAAAGCUCUUGAAGAUGGACAGUUCUUGUCAUUUAUGUAGUUAUGUCAUUUCAAAUACUGUAUUCUUAGAGUACUGUUGUAUUUUGGCUUGUAAAUGUUGUCCAUGUGAUGGGAGAGAACUAACUGUGUACAGUGCCUAUGGAUAAUUACCUACUGAUGUUUGUAUCAAUUUCCAUUUUGCUAAAAUCUGAGACGCAUAUUUUAUGUGACUGCUUAAUGUUGAUGUUUUACAUACUUUAAAUGUGGUUGAUAUAAUGUUGUAGUCAUUAUUAUGGAGAGAGAGAAGAGAACAAUUUAAUACGCUACAUAAAGACUGUUUUGAGGUUCAGAUUUAGAACUAUAUUGUCAUGUUAACAUCCUUAUCAGUGCAUUGGUUGUAUUGAACAUAUAAUAAACAUGUGGAACAAAGG